AUCAGUCUUCUUACAGUUGCUAUGGCUACAGGAAGAAGUUCAAUUAAAGUUCCAUGUGAAAAUGAAGACUUACCUGACAAAGAAAAUGCACCAGAUUUUGACGAGGACACUUUACGAGCCACAGCUGAUGUUUAUAGGAAUGAGGAUAAUGAGGCCUUCAAGAAAGGAGAUUUCAUCAAUACUAUUCAUUUUUACACCAAAGGAAUUAAAAUGAACCGCAACGAGAAAGAACUGAAGGCCAAACUGCACAACAACAGGGCUAUUGCACAUUCUAAACUUGGAAAUCACCAGGAUUCACUAAGGGACGCAAAAGCAGCCAUUAAGUUAAAUCCAACUUUCACUGGGGCAAUUGUGAGAG